AUGUCUGGUCACGACAGAAAAGCGGAGCUAGAACAGAAGAAGUUGAAGUUGGCGGCACUUCGUGAGGGCCGCUUGAAACGUGAAGGAAUGCGAAAUGGGCUUGCGCAACCGAAUUUUAAGUUGAACGAAACGCCUGCUGGGGAUGCUGAGGCUAUACUGAGAGACUUCGGCCUUCUAAACCCGCUAGAUUUGAACGGCAAGCACAAACCAGACGAGCUGACAAAGUCAGCCAGCACACCGGCCUUCUCGUCCAAGUAUUUUACAUUAUCUGCGUUUAAGUUGUUAGACCCGAGACACAUGAUCGUCCCAAGAAAUUGGGCCUGUCUAAAGUCAACGAAGUCAAUAUCAUACCUCACGAAGUCGUCACUUAUUCUAAAAACACACAAACGGUCGUUGAAAUGUCAUGUGAGACUCCAUGUAUGCAUCUGCCUUAUCCUAAAGUUCCUAUUUCAGCUGUCACAAUGGACACUUGGGCGGCCGCGACCCCACUGGCCCAUAUGGGAUCUCCUAAGGGCAUGACUAGUCUGGAGUGGGAUGACGAUAUUUUGGAAGGCACGUUACCCUUUUUCUUUUGGAACCACGGUUUUUGAUUUUACGGGUUUAAAUAAUCUUUAUUGCCCUCCAUGUCUGCCGCCAUGCGUCCCCGCACACCGGAAACAACAGUAUGCCCAGGAUCGAAAGCCUCGGUUUAAUUUCGCAUUAAUCACAUUAACAGAUGCAUUCUAUCAUGUGGGCUCCUCCUCACUGAACGGCUAGUUAAGUAAAACCAAUCUUUUCACAAGUGGGUCGGAGGAAUGGCGCAAAUCUGUCAAAAACCCUACUAAACCUAUUUUAGUUACUGGCUACUAGGGCCUCGCAUUUUCUCCAGAUCUCAACUAGAGCGUGUCCUACCAACAGUUAACUUCUGCAUUUCUUGGUGUUGGCGAAGUAUAACGACUUAGAAUCUACUCUUAAUCCAUUAUUAGGCAUACCGACUGUCUUCGUUCUUCGACCCCCAUAUUUGCUAUACCCUGUUUGUGUAGGCCGGUAAUGUGCUGCGCUUUGUCUUGACUAAAGCAUGAUCAACAACUUUUGAUAGUCAUUUGUCCACCUUCACGUUCUUCAGCACUCCCCUACGACGAAGUUGCUCCCCUUCCCGGAGAAGUUGCCCACCUCUUCAAGAAUUAUGACCUCACUACACCGUCUAAAUUCUUUCGUCCAGAAUCUCCGCCCCGCCCACCUGGUAAGUUAUUAUUUCAGUUCCUUUUGGACAGCUGUGGUGGGAAAAGAACACUUGACCACCGAACGCUUUCGUAAUGCGAACCAUUUAUCUGACGCACUGAGGUCUUUUUAUUCACGUUGCAAUGCUCGCCUGGACGAGGUGACGGAAUAAUUGGACGUUUCACAGUUUUCUUUUUGUUUCAAUGCAUGAAAAGGGGUCGCAACCAUCCAGGGUUUUUUCUGUUGGAGAUGUUUGUUUGUUCGUGUUUUUGACCUGUGACCUGUUUUGUUGGCAUGUUAACUGCCUCUGCUUUGCACUGGCGUCUCCCACUAAUUCGCCACAGUGGAAGGUGGUCAUCUGUCAUGCGGUUACCUGACAGUAUGGGAUCGUUCCAAAUAGCAGAGUAGUGUGCCUUUCUUCAGCUCUCAAAGUUGGACCUGCUUUAGGUUUACCAGACGUCCCCCCACCCCCUGUAUGAUUGCCACCUAGCCAUAGACGGUAAUCUUCUCAUGUAGUCCAUUUCAAACUUCCACAGGUACGGAUGGUCAAUAACCACACUUAAAUCUUAGGCAGAACGGAGCAUCGAAGCCUGCGCUGGGAUAAGGCCUGGACGCUCACAACCGCCAUCGGAAAUCCUAACACGAUACUGUUCACCAACCAGAACACUUAUUCCUGUACGUAACUGACAUAGUACGCGUUAGGAAGAAUUUGCCAGGCGAGGGAGCACGUUUAGCUGCUUGAACUUUAAUGUCGUCCUAGCAAAGCCACACUACGACACUUUACCCGGCUUGCUCCACACGUGUACAUUUUAUUGGUAUAUUCGAAUUCCAAUUUCAGAAGCCACUGCUGGAUUGUCCUUCAAGUGAUGUGUGGAUUGUGAUUUCGUGCACAGUCGACCCCCGUAUUCGCGGGGAUUAGGGACAGCUUCCCGCUAAUAACCGAAAUCUGCGAGUAUCUGAGACCUCUCGAGGAACGCUUACAAGUGCCUCUUUUACUGGCCAAACACCAAAUAUGCCUUAAACUGUCAUCCCAAAAUACUUUACCAUUAUUUGCAUUGCUUGCAUCAACAUUAAUAUGGGAAAAUUAGUAAACCACAUUUUGUCAUACAAGUUUAUUUAGUUGCGAAAAUAAAUGAAAAUAAUUAACGAAUAUUUUAGGUAUGCUGUACGAAGAAAAGAUAAAUCCGCGGAUAAAUUAAUCCGCGAAUAGGCGUGGGUCAACUGUGUAGUAGCGGAUCUCGGUGGGCAUGCGCAGCACCAUGUGAGAACAAGAAGCUCAGUUCAGUAAUGAUCCCGGAUUUUCUGCAAAUCCCAACCAACUACGUUUGUACGAAAACAGACUUGAUGAGCAAUUUGUCUGGACUGUUCGCAAGAAAAUGUCCAUUCCCACCAAAGCGAAUAAUUUGUCAUACUUACGUCAAUAUAACGACUAACUACUCUCAAUACUAGCCAGAACUUUACAUCACUAUGUUGGACCAGAGAAAAACAAAAGGUAAUGUACUAGAUGAUGGGCUCGUCGUCUGGCGUCUUGUUCUUUCCUUUCGUACUGAAUAAAUGUUUUUGGCAGGUCUGAAUAAUUCAACUGAUUCAGUUGUGAAGAACUCGGCGGCCUCGGUGGGAUUGUAAUCCCACGACAGCAAGGUCAAAGUUUGAGUUCAGCCAAUUCUCUAACCACCUGAGAUACGCUGCCGCCGAGUCUUUCGCAGCUUGGUCAAAUGAGUUAUACAUGCUGCGUUUACCAGGUGCUCAGAAAAGGUUGGUUACUUUGACGAACUGAAAAUUGCAUAAAAUGCCUAGUAACACCCACGUCCCGCCUACUGCCCAGCUCUCAUCUGUGGUCCCACAAAAUUGUGUUGAGACCAUAGGUCUUAUCCCAGUAAUCGCUUAAAUUGGCGGAUAUUCGAUCUAUCUAGUCAACACCAGCGGUUGUAUGCAUGUAUUUCUGUCAAGUCAGUUGGCAGCAAAAAGCUGUCUCGUGGAAUACGUAGACGAGGCCUGUCUCCAGGUCAGUCACUGCGCUAAUAUUAAUCUCUGAAUGUCCAACCUUUAUCCCGCCUUUGGACACGAACAGUAAUCAAGUCAUCGCGCAAGCCACUCCACCUCAGUCACCCGCGUCCGCGUAAGCACUACCUAGUCUCCAGUCUGACGGCAGCAGCGCUACAAUCUGCGCCACCGUAAGGGCCCUUAUGGACUAGGAUUGGGCGCCUGAGACACGUCACACUGAUUACCACUGUAGUGAUAAAGUAGUGGAUAUUAUCACCAUUAAUUAGAGCAGGCCAGCUACCAUCUUGUCGCAUAUUUUCGUGCCUUUUAUCAUUCUCUAAAGAGGUAACACAACGGCUGGACAGUUCAAGUUUGCAUCCACCAGGCUGCCGUCGACUCAUUCAGAUUAGCUUUGAAAAAACAAGGCUAUCAGGCUAAUGCCGUCAUACGGCACCUUAUUUGGCUUUCGGUUAGGACUCAAAAGCGCCGAAUACUUAUUGCAUUUACGGAGUCCUCACAAAUGCUGCUGCCUGGUCAUCCACGUUCCUACAUAUUUCCCCGGCUUCAGCAAAGGGAACUCUGAGUUUAAAACGUACUGUAUCAGAAAAAAGCAACCAUAAUACAGUCUCCUGCCUAGAGCCCAGCCUGUAACCACUACUUAAUAUGUAAGUCUCCGAACACAAUGUGCCUUUGAUACUGCCGCUGCUUCGUCUGACGGGUCUCGCAUUCCACUUUCUUUCUUCCGCGUCCGGUUGCAUUCAAUCUGUCUAACUGACACCUUUUGCGCCCUGGAGUCCAGUACACAUCCUACACAGGGCGUCCUCACUCUCUCUUGAACAUGUCUUGAAGAGGUUCGUAAUAAACGGUCCGCCAUUUCGCAUUUCUCAAGAAUGAAGCGAUUUCGGUUUGGUUUGGUUAUUUCAAUGCCCGCCCCCUCGGCCACCGAAGUUGGGUUCUUUGUCCAGAAGUUCAGAUCUCGGGAUCAUCAUCUUCCGUUACAGUCGUGUCUUUUGAAACCUCUAGAGAAUUCACUAUCUCGCCCCAGGCACCAGUGGUAUAUUUUGUGGUUCGCAGGGAUCCAGUACAGGCAAAGACCCUGGUCUCACCGAAUAGUCCUCAGCCGGGAGAUUCUCGAUGCUCCUAAUGGUAUUUCCUUCUUACAGGCACUUGGUUUACCAAUAAUCCAAUUUUCACACCAAAGUGCUUGUGAACAGUCGUGCUUCUUCCCACUCAUUAUAGCACGCGAAUUAACAGAGGAGGACAAGGAGGAGAUGUUCGCGUCGAAGAAGUUCUACGAUUUCUUUAUGCAGGCUUCUCGCCUGAUUGAGCGCGCCCUCGACGAGGACACAGACAUCUUCUUUGACUACAGUGGAGCUAAUCGCGAGGACACGUGAGUGUGAUUUUCACAUGUUCACUCCUAGGAAAGUGUGGAGUGUUUGACUGUUUGACGGGAACUUUGUCAAGCCUCAUCCGAUGCCUGCAUUUGCAUAGUGCUUUCAGUGGUCGUAGCCGCAUCCAUGUGCUUACUUUUUUCACACCAAAAUUGAGGAAUACUGAUGUGAUUUGCACCCCAAAGCAGGCUCUCUCUGUUAUCUGGUGGCAAACAGGCAACAAUCUACCUGGCGAUCUACUCCUCUUGUCGUUUUAUCACCCCGUAGCGGACUGCUCGUUCGCAUGGCCUGGUACCAGAAGACGGGUCUAGUUUGCCGUUAAGAUUGCGUGUGCCUAUUUCAGUGUGAGUAAUUACCUAACCCACCCUAGAAAAGACCAGCUCAUGCGGAGAUACUGAUAAAAUCUCGGUUUUUCGUUCUGUCGCCUCAUCGACUUGACCUAGAUAUACACAGUGAGUAUGAAUACCUGUUUGUGUUUCCGUUCUCUGGUUUUGGUCGGGGUAUAUGACAAUGUGUCCCUUGUCUUUGUCGAUUUGUCUCUGAUAUAACAUCUUUAUUUCUUGUUUGUGCCGACAGUGGGAAGGAUCAGGAGCUUCUCAAGUUUCAUCGAGACUUCUUUGAUGAGCACUGGUCUGUCAACCGCACAGUCACUGCCCUGGACUGGUCUGCUGUCUACCCGGAGCUCCUUCUUACCGCCUAUGACGCUAACGAGAAGGCCACCCAUGAACCCGAGGGUGUGUGUUUGAUUUGGAAUUUGAAGUACAAGAAGACCUCGCCGGAGUACGUAUUCAACUUCCAGACCGCCAUCACUGCGGCCAUUCUGACGGAAUUUCAUCCCAGUCUGGUGAUUGGUGGAACGUACACCGGCCAGAUAGUUCUGUGGGAUACGCGGUACGUCACCCUUGGAUUAGGACUGCCUACUUUUGUGUGUUUUCUACUGCUAUAAUGCACUGACGUUAAGCCUCUGCGACCCUGUUCAGUGUGUUGACUAGUUUUACCCAGAACGAUGUCGAUUUCUGCGUCUUCAGGUCAUUCUCGUUAAUUUCAUGUAGAUCUUUUUUCUAUGUAUCAUGUCUCGGACAAAUUCUUUUUUAAACGCACGACAGUUCGACCGUCGUUGUCGCCAGUGUCCACCGUGUGCUUCACGGCGAGGUGAAGCAGACACGGUGACUUGCGCGUGAAUUUAGUUUAUAGGGAGUGUAGACUUGCGCUGCAUCUACCGCACUGUAUCCUCCUCCUCCUCCCCCUCCCCCUCCCCCUCCUCCUCCUCCUCCUCCUCCUCCUCCUCCACUUGGAUCCGAUUUCAAGACAGAUUCGAGGAGACCGGAGGUAGGAGAGGGCGCAGGUACCUGAUGCAGCUAAAACCCGCACCUAGGCGUUCCUUCAUACCUGGUCCACAACUCAUAGUAGUCAAGAUUUUCUGCACCAUGAAGGGGACGACUUUGAUCCCAAUUGGCAUGGCAUGGACUUCUAAGUGGGCGUGCAGCCGCAUUCCCAGUCUUGGCAUUUGUUGUGGGUGCGCAAUUCCAGUAACGCAUGCCGGACUCUGAUCAAGUCCCUAUGUUGGUCCAGCAAUUUGAUCCACUUGAAGCGGCGUUCGUCCGCGCCCUGGAACUUUGCAUGGCCAGCGUGAUCGGCUACACGUUAAGCGCUCGGUCGAGUACUGCUCCUUGGACAAUGCCGUUGCGUCAAAUUAUCUGAGCCGUUAUCACGCCACUAAUCAAUAAAUGCGAUGAAAUUGCGGCCAUUGACGACUCGCAUGUUAUCGAUCGGCCGGUCAUCGCAGCCAUGGAGACCAUCUGCGAUGACUAUGCGGUUAAACAGCAACUACAUCCUAUAAAUUCGACAACCAUUGUGCGUCCACCACUCCGAUCUGUUGCCCGCCCGCCCUUUACCAACCCGUUUGCCUGCUGACUAUACCAUUGCGUUCUGGUAACCGGGGCACUGUUUAAUUGCUGGCUGUGGAGUGCUCCUUACUUGCAUACGACUAAGCAAUUUCGUAUUUUAUAGUACCCUGGCAAUUGGGCCAAAACAGUCGCCCAGCACUAUGAUGACCUGAUCCCGAGCGUCGAGUCAAUGAACGAUCCGGAUGUAUGAGACUGGUACUUGAGAGCAUGGCAUCUUCUGGAGUUGUCGAUAAUAUGAGCACAUUUUCAUUCAACUGCGGGUAGUCCCGAUUGCAAGGAAUAUGCAGACACUGAAUCCCUGAAAAACCAACUAAACCCUGGGCUAGGAAGGAGAAUGCAGUGUCAUUUUUAACGGUUUCUGUGUGGUGCUGAAAGUGAGGGAAUGAGUUAGGCUGCUGGGACAAACUCUGUACCAAAAAACCGCAGCUAGUUCGAAGUGACCCACAUCGUGACGCAAACUUGGCAGGCGACAUAGCCUAGAUCCUGCCAGCUGUUUCCCAAAACCCACAGCAUUGACUGCAUUUAUCGGUUAGCUAGAGCCUCAGGACCGCGUGCGCUAUUCAAGGAUGCCUGAGCAACCUGAAGAGUCCUAUGGACCCUGGCAGGCCGUGAAUCGUAUCAUAUUGGGUGUUAUAGUGGCAUCCAUUUGCAGGCCGUCGCACUGCCAACAGCACUUACUUCCAAUGACCUCAAGUCAUUACUCAAACUCCGCAAUUUUUUGGAAAUGCGCCUUUUGUUUAUUUUUUUAAAUUAGCGCGCUCAUUUCCGUUGACAUACAAAAGCGUACGAUAAGACGCUAGACAAAAAUCCAAACAAUUUUUUCGUCUCCUUGCAUUUCGUCAGCUUACUGUCUGGCGUGCUGUCCCAACCGUAAAACCCCCAUUACCACCAUUCCCGUAUGACACGAUCUACAGUCUACCGACUGUUAAGUGGGCUCCUUCACCCUACCGUUACCGGACCCUUCUUAUGGUCGCUUAUAUAGGCAUUCGUUUAUCGUGACUGAUCUGACCGACCCCCUGCUGUAGGCUAAAAACUUUAUGAAAGAUUGUUUUCCUGUGUAGUUAUUGGCUGCCGACCCCGAGCCAUGUUGAGCCACAUGGAAGGCCAACCGCGUAGGGCUAGACCCCUGGGCUAGAGAUGUGCUAGGAGUCAGCUUUCAUCACCCCCCCCCCAGGCCGCCUUGACGCCGUUUCUACGCAGGGUCGGUUCAGGACGAGAUGAUAUCCGGGACAAUCUAGUCUUUAGGUUGGCUCAGGACACCUCCCGGACAGCUGAAUCGGCACAGGGAAGGGAGAUGCGGCAGUUGACGAGUUUCUAGUCCUGACCAGCCACAUAGGCACUCCGUGGCGAUGUCAGUAGAGAGACGGGUACGGGGAGCUGAACAUCGGUACCAUCGACCGAAUACGAGGUGGCAGCAUAGCUCUGCUAAGUGUGCCAACCAUGUCUAACAUCUGUACGAGCUUUUUGACAGCGACCUGGUUUACUCGCAGCUUGGUCUUCAAACGGACCCCACGCCGGAUGAAUACAGCGCCUGCCUAAUGAAUCUAAUGACCGAUUUAAUCCUUUGAGUGCACAACGAGCAUGGUCAUUUUUGGUCUUCACGGAACGUUUUGCAGACCCACGGUUACGCAUUCCCCGAAAAGCCUGGUUCUUGUAGUUGAUAUUGAACGGACAACCGCCCCUCACGCCAAUAUUGCUCCUCAGUAAGUUUAAGUAGAGCACGUUAUCCAAAGCACCCUGACCGUUCUAGAAUCCGGCUAAACAGUGGUCCAGUGGGCGACGGUUGCAUGGGACAGCAUCAUUAGCGAAGUGGUCUCCUCUAGUACGUAGGUUAGCAGGUUCCAAUCCAGCCCUUCGGCAUAACACUUUAAGGUUUCAGGAUUGUGCCGGGCAGUGGGUUAGGGUUUUAUUUAAUGCCGGUUAGCAUUCCUCGUGCCCUAAUAUCAGCACUGGUAGCCGAUUUUCCAGGUCGGCGCCUGUCACAUCUGACCCACAGGUGCUUAUUUUCCGGAUCAGGGGCCGUUCCACUCCUUCACCUGUGGAAGAGUCGGGCUUCCCGCAGUCGAACCAAGAAACAGGAGGGUUCCUGUCCUGUCACACUGCUGACGAUAAUACAAAUGUGGAAAAAACCGAAUGUUUGAUGUCCCAAAGAUUCUAAUUGCGGCUGACGACAUCUUUGUUAAAGACGAAGACCGAAUUUUUUUUCAGAAUGGUAUCCCUUUAUGCUUACAUCUGUAGACCUACUUUCUUCUCCGCCCCAUUUUUGGCUUUGUUAUCACCCACCAAAGAGGGAUAUGGCUGAUGAUGCGGAAUAAUUUAAAAUUAAUCAACCUGCCAUUCAGUAGGUUUGAACAUGCAUUUACCGACGACCGUACUCUAGCUGCAAUUUUUGUCAAAUGAUGAUGACUAUGGUGAUAGUGAUGAUGACGACGACGGCGAUGAUGAUGACGAUGACGACGACGACGGCGAUGAUGAUGAUGAUGAUGGUGGUGGUGGUGGUGGUGAUGAUGACGACGACGACGACGACGACGACGGCGGCGAUGAGCAUACAAUAAGGACGGUCGACAAAUGCGGCAAACCAGUUGUUUGCUUUGCUUGUUUUUUUUAAAUUUCAGGUACGUUGGAUGCGAUGUCCCCCCAUCUCCUCCACGUCGUAAACCACCUUUUUUGUCUUGGAAUUGUUAAAAAAAAACCCUACUUUUUGUUUCCUCCCCGGACAGCUCCCCGAAGAGAACGCCAGUUCAAAGGACGCCACUUUCUUGUCUGGCCCACGCAGAGCCCAUAAAGGCGCUGGCCGUGACUGGCAGUCAAAAUGCCCACAACCUGAUCAGUGUCAGCUCGGACGGUAAACUGUGCUCCUGGAGUUUGGACAUGCUGGGUCAACCACAACAGUCGCUGGAGCUGACUUACCGUCAGGCCAAAACUGUUUCUGCCACCUCAAUGGCCUUCUUCCCCGAGGACGCCAACAACUUCCUCAUCGGCGCUCUCGACGGCAACGUCUACUCAGGCUGCAGGCAUGGCAAGUGAGUCCUCUCUGUCCCAUGCAGUCGUCGUGACCGACGAUACCCACCGUGUGCCCCACGUUAGGGUGAGAGCAGGCACGGUGAAUUGCGCGGGAGUUGGGUUAUAACGAUGGUGGACUUGCAAAGCAUCUGACGCACUCUCUCCUCCUCCCCCACCUGGGCCCACCUGCAAUGUACACUGACCAGUAUUUACACCAAGAAAAAAAGGGCAGGGGACAGCGCAGAGCGAGCCUGCACCCGGGCUUCUCACCACACCCCGAGUGUUGGCAUUUGUCAUGGGUGCGCACUUCCGUUAACGCCUGCCGGAUUCCGAUCUAACCAGCCCAUCUACCACGUGACCAGCUUUAGGGACACAACACAACAGUUAAACCGUCCUGUCCAACGAUGUCCACCGUGUGCUCCACACCAAGGUGAAAGUGGGCAUGGUCACUUGCGCGUGAAUAAGUUUAUAGUGAGGGCAGACUUGCACAGGAUCUACCGCACCCUCUCCUCCUCCUCCUCCUCCUCCUCCUCCUCCUCCUCCUCUGCCUCCUCCUCCCCCCCACCUGUGCUCAUUGUCAAGACAUAAUCACGAAGACUGGAGGCGGGAGAGGGCGCAGGUGGCUAGCACGGCCAGAUCCGCAUCGCCAAAAGCCAAACCAAAAACAUCCGACUGUGUCGAGAUCUCAGGUCAUGAUAACAGUGGGGUGUGACUCACGUUCACACCGUGAAUUUAUAAACAUCUGCACCAUGUGCCGACACCUGUGAAUAAUUGGAGAAGUUUAUGCAAGUCUGCCUACAACGUAGAUUAGCGCUGAACGAAAUCUGGACUUCAUGGAGCCUAACAUUAGACACUCUCUUGAGUACUCUGCCAACCACCAAUGAGGCUCUCCCUCACAAAAGCCAUAAUUAAAAUAUCCCAGGACCCAAGUAGUAUAAACACUUCUUAGCCAUUGCCUCCUCUCAAUGGACCGGGACGUUUCUUAGUAAAGUUACGUCAGCGCGCAAACGGACAUUGCUUGUAUUCAGCGCUCCUUCUGAAUCUCAGUUACGUAAUAUUUUCUACCUUGUAAUUUGGAAGAUGAGGUGGCGAGCAUACGUAGCUUUCGAUAAAUUCUUGUCAGGCCAGUACACUUAUAUGGGAACGGGAUAGAAGUCAAACGUGUCAGCGAUAAGAGAAAUCGAUAAAAGUUUUCCUUAAAACACAGGCGGCGUGUGGGAAUGUGGGGGAGGGGGGUAAUAGUAGUCAUUGUCAGGGCCGGGGUGAGAGCGGAAGUGCGCGGGGGGGAGUUGCACCGUUAGUCAACCUUCGAGCACUGUAGGCGCGGAGCCUGAACGUGGUUCUUCUGUGCGCAUAAGAUUGGCUUUCGUAACCUAAUGGCGGCCGCUUCCGCUGUCGCGUAGGGUAGCUCGAUGGAACCGUAUAAAUCACACGAAAAGCUUCGUUGGGGUCCACGCGAUGUCAGAAAUCGACAACAUGCGCGAGAAUGGCGCUGCUUAUGCUCCUCGUUUCGCCUUUUCGCAGCCACGCCGGGAGGUGUUCUCGUAUUCUCUUGGAUAAGCGCCGACUCGGGCGACCAAUAUAACCUGCUCCACAGGAGCAAGUGAAGGAAUAUAUGCACAUUGAGGUGGUCUGCGGUGGCAACUCGUCCUUACCUUCUCCGCGUAAAAUAGGGUUAGUAGAGAAUGAUAUUUUAAGCCUUGCUGCUGGGAAGGUUCGCGAGACAGCUUGGUCAAGGCGUCUUCUUAGGAGUUCACUCGCCGCGUCCCCUUGGAAAGGGACUUUGAGGAAUAAAGUUUUCUUUUCAGCGGUCGGUGUGACGGGUUUGACCGGUCUUUCGGCAAUGUUCUUUACAAUAAAUCUGUCAAGAUACCCGUUUUCUCGAAGGAAGUCCCGGAUUUUUCUGAGCUCCUCCUCGAUGCUAUCGGUUGAGCAAAUUUUUCUAGCUCUUUGUGCCAAACAUUGGACUAGAUUUCACUUUUGUUGGAGGUGUACGAAACUGGCGAAGUUCGUGUAUUGUCCGGACCAGGGUUUCUUCCGAUAUACGCUUCUUCGAGCACUCCCGUCAGAUCUCCUGCCUAGAAAAACAUCUAACAAAGGGGGCGAACAGGCCGUUUCGAUCUCCAGCGUGAAUUUGAUCGACGGAUGUGCCUGAUUUACCGCUUCUAAGAGGGUAGCUACGUCGGUUUCUGCAGUGGCAAUUGCAAAGCUAUCAUCAACAUACCGACCGUAAUGCUUAAGCUUAUCGAUCUGAUCGCUUAGUUGGAAUCUCUACAAUUCGCCCAUGAAGGCAUCGGCAAGGAGAGGUCCAACGGGUGAGCCCAUAGCAACGCCGUCUACUUGUCUAUAGAGUUGGUUGUUUAUUUAUCUGAGAACUUAGGUAGACGCCUCCUGGGCCUCCUGAUUUUCUGCAAAACACACCUGCUCAGUCAACCUCCCUCCCUCUCUACCGGUCGUCAAGGUAGUCCUGGUUGGGGCCAGUCUUCAUGAGCGAUGCCUCCCACGCGCCACAAGGCACACUGUCCGGCGGCAGAGCAUGGUCGCUGUCCUUUGAUUGGCCCGCGGCGACUAGAGAAUCUGCCAAUCCUCCGUUCGAGGGCAAACGUGCGCUUUCAUGCGAUUUCACUGACGUGUAAGCAUGCCAGUCGGAAGACUUUUUGGCUGGUGUGUUUCCGCUGAAAAAAGUGAGUGAGUGUGCGUGUGGUAGGCGCAAGGCCAGCCCGACGCCCAAACCGGCCCUCUUCGGCCGUCUUCACAACCGUAAGAGGAUGGUACUAAGAAGAGCGGGCGAGGCUGGUGCUGUUCCGGCUCGCCGCACUCACCACUGUGUCUGACGAUCAGAAUAACUUGAGUCACUGCUAUCACCAUCAUCUUUCCUAACUGCGUGACCGGGUAAGUGCGUAGGCGGGUUGCCAAAUUUAGCGACAGUCAUUUCAAGACGCCUGUUCAGUACAGCUGACUACGCUCAUUUCAAGGUCGAUUCUCCUCACGCCCGCAUACACACACAGUCAACCAGAUGACGCAUCCAUCCCACAGGACUGGAACUAUCGUAACACUGCGUCUGCUCGAAGUGCAUGUUUGUUUGGUACGCUUAGACCGCAACAAGCUCAUUCAAUCAAUCUGACAUGAAUAAUCUUCGGAGAUGACUUGCGGAUCGCCUGCUUCAUUUCCCCACUCCCCAACUGCUGUGUCCACUCCGUGAAGCACACUGUGGACUCCGUCGCUUGAGACGGUCGAACUUUCGUCCACUAACCCCUCCCCCCAUUCCUAUCGGGCUUCCGUGGGAAUACCUUUUGGGACGUUUUAGAAUAGACUUGAAGUCAGUGGUGGGUAGAACCAAUCUCCAAUGUCAGCUUUGCCUUACGUCGACCACGAAUGAUGAUUGGACUCCGUAGGUCAAUACUUUAUCAUCCAUGCGGAGGAUUCGUCUAGUACAUAAACCUACACACAUCGGGACGCAUCUAAACUCGUUGUCUCGCCCCCCCCCCCCACCCGUUCAACGUAUCUUUCUUGCUUGCCUUGCUUCUGGGCUGAUCGCAGCCAGAAUAGAUUCUAGUCUGACCGGCCGCGAUAUGGACACGUCUGCAAGCAGAAAAUAGAGCGAGUAGUUAUCAUGUUAUAAAGGGACAAGAAGAGGCGCACGUUAGUUUCCCACAUACUGACUGUGUAAAGGACUGAGGAUGGUAUUUUUAGUUCCUGCUGUUUAACCUUCGACAAUUAUAUGCGUAUGUGAGUGGGCUUGCACUUUUACUACACACGCCACUUGGCAGCAACAUGACUGCUUGAGCUCUGCAUCAGUGUGGUACGAAGCUAUGCCGAAUUGAACAGGGGGCAGUUGUGCGCCUGCCAUCUAACGCGUCACAUUCUUUCUCCUUCCGGUCGGAAGAAAUAUGGACGCUUUUUGAGGAACUUGUAGAAUCCAGUCAGUUUGUAGGAGUGUGCCGCUGCGCUUAGAGGGAAGUAAAGGUGACUUCGCCGAUCUGCAAGUCUUCCCCUACUGCAUUUAGGCACCUGGCCGCCACAACGAGUUGCGUUGUUGCAUUAUCCCUGAGCAGACAGCUCUGUGGCGCACGUCGGAUGGAGAAUUUUCGGCGCUUCAGAUGUGCUGGGCCAAAACGGGUAUUAGAGUGGAUCGUGGCACGCGUUUAUCGGUCUGCGCCGGCUCCGUGACAGUUCGACCAUCGUUUUCGAUGAUGUCCACCGUGUGCCCCACAGUUACAGCAGCAAUGGGAUCAGGGACGGUGACUUACGCAGGGGUUUAUAGUGCCGGCUCCGUACGGCUGCUGUGUAUGUGUGUGGUGCGCCUUGGACGUAAGCCUUCACGCCGCGUCAGUCACUGCGCCAAAUCAUGUCACCUGUUGGCUGGACGGGCUCGGACCGGUGCAUGGGGGGGAGGGAGGGAGAAGAGAGGCCGACACUGGGGAAUCCUUCCCCACGGCAGACCAGCGUACUCCUCACUGUAGUAAAUCUGGCGUGCUUCAACCUGUCACGACGUGUUCCAAGAGUCGUGACUCGGAAGGCCGCCAACUGACUCAGAACUGGGAGUCAGGCUGCAAUGGCUCUUUCUUAAUGUGAGAUCGAAGGCGCAUUUAUGAAAAGACCCGGAACAUGCCGUGGGGAGAUGGGAGGGUACGCAGGUUGCUGUAAGCUCUAAAAAAUAAAACCGAAAAAGAGAGUGGACGGCGUAAGGGAUGUAUCAGACCCGCUGACCCUCGUCAGCCGAUCAUUCUGCGCACCAGGUCAGGGCGACGCAGUGAACAGAUGUUGUCAAAAAAGUCACUAAGUAUGCUCUUAUGUGCUCAUGUGUCUAUAUGCCUCUCAGUUUCUUAGCGGCUUUGAUGUCACCAAAACUAACAUCCUGAUCCGCAGCGUUUUUGUUUUAUUUCAAACCACAACUCACUGGAUGCCCCCUACCUCACUGCGUAAAAGACGGGAAACUACGGCUAUCACACCACGCGACCGCGCAAACCUAGCCUUUUUCUGUGACAUAUGUUGGAAGAAGGAUAUGAACAACUCCUGUAUAUAACGCAUACUGCCGUUAAUAUUAAGAUCGAAAACGUGGGACUUCGAUUAAACAUGACUGCAUUUGGCCUGGACGUUCGAGUGAGAAAAGGCAGCGAAUAUGCGUCUCGUUCUUGGGAGUUAACUGCGGUUUUAUUUCUUGACAACCGACGGGUGGCUUUUUGCGCUCAGUCCAAUGUCGAGCAGUUCUAACUCCUGAGGUUAACUUCACUCAACUGAACUGGCACAUAUCCGUUAAGUUCCAUCGUUGUGACUGAUAGUGUCCACCGGCUGUUCAACACAACGGGGCGAGCCACGGACUUCGACUUACUCUUGGAGUAGUUUGUAGUGAUGGUAGACUUUCGAAGCAUCUAUCGCACUCAUUCCUCUUACUUCACCUGGACGCGGUGUCAAGACACAAUCAAGAAGACCGCAGACGGGAGAGAACGCAGGUUGCUGGCACGGCAAAACUCCACGUUUUGGCACUCGACCACACGCCCUGGUCCGCACUUGGCCAGGAUUUAUACCACAAUAUAGGGCAGGGAUCUGCACGGAUCCUGAUGUGCGUUCCGUGAGCCUGCACAUGGUCUGCCGUCACACCUUCACUGUCGCCAUUUGUUAUGGGUGCGCAUUUCCGACAACGCCCCCCAGACUCCGAUCUAACCAUUGUGUUGGUUCACCCCAUCUACCGGGCGGUCCGUUUUGAGCCCAAUGACCGUUAAGUACAGACAGCUUCGUUUUUGACUUACCCUUCCAUUUGCUUAGCGCGUCUCCCGUUAGCCCUACAGAUGCGCGGGUCCAAAACGGGAGUUAGACUGAUUAACACCAUGCGCUUACCGAGCAUCUGCUCAGGCGUGUGGUGGUGCACCUUAGUCGUCGGCCGUCACGCCGCGUCAACGACUGCAUCCACUUCCAUCACCAGCUGGUGGAAAGAUCCAAACAGUCAGCGACACUGAGAAAUCCCUCCUCACAGCAAAUCCGUACAUCCCUCGGUCAAAAUAAAUCUGACGCGUUGGGAUCUGUCACGAGGCUCUACGAAUCGGGGCGUCGAAGGUCGCCAAACGACAGCAUAACUCGCACCUUCUCUGGACUGAGAGAAGGUCUGCAGCGUGGGCUUCUACGACACUUACGCACGUGAGAUUCGAGCCCGACACAAGUAGCGAAGAGCGGGUUGUUCGUGGCCCGUGUAGAUGGGCUGCUUCCCUUCGUCAACCAUUGUGUUCGCGCCCACCUCCGGCAUUGCUACCAGUGCCAUCGGAGCAGGGAAGCGGAAGUGCAGCAGAUGCUUUGCAAGUCUGCCCCACUACAAAUUAACAUCUAGGUCACCGAUACUGCGCCCACUCCCUGGGACACACAGUGGACGGCCCCGCCUGCGACGGUCGGGCGAGCGAGGACGGAGUGAGACUGUCACUGGGAAAUCCUUCUCCACGGCAGAUCAGCGUACUCCUCGCUACAGUAAAUCUGGCACGCUUUAACCUCUCACGACAUGGCUUGGAAGGCCACCAACUGACGAAAUAACUCAGAACUGAGAGUCAGACUGCAGUGGCUCUUUCUUAAUGUGACUUUUAUGAGACUCAAUCACGUGAGAUCUGACGCGCAUUUAUAAAUCCCCUGGCACGUGCUCUGCGGACCGGGUGGCGUGUGGCACGCGCAGGCGGAAUGUUUAACUUUGUCAGCCACCACAUCAGAGCUCACCUCCGGCCAUCCCGUCACUGUUCUCCAGUCGGAGCAAGACGAGUGAGGGGCGACAGGUAUAGAGUGCGCUAGAUGCUGCUCAAGUCUGCUCCACCAUAUACUUCAUAUGUGGCUUGGUUCGCGCGCGCGUGUAGCCAUGGGCGAUUGCCUGGCACGCGUAGAGGUGGAUUUAGCAUCGUCAGUCACUGCUCCCACGCCCAUUUCCAGUUGUGGAUUUUCCUCUCCAUCGGAACAUCGUAAGCUGGGAAGUGGGAUUGGUUUUGGAUAAGUGUUGUCACGUAGGAGUCAUCACCGUCGUCGCAGGCAGUGGCGUUUUUUGUCAAGUAUGAUUGGCCGGUUGUUUCAGCCCAGUUCAUGUGAAAGCCACCACUGCCCUCCCCCCGCCCUUUCUUGGGGGGUUGUGGUAGUCCUCGGGACCCCAGUGGACCUAUUACGGAUAUCUACUGGCUCCGUUCUUACAAACCUGUCAGAAUCAAUUUUCUGCUGCUGUUGCUGUUCCAAUUCCUUUCACUUUUUGGCGAACAUGCAACAGAUAGCGAAAUUGAUGAAGCUGCCUUAAUUCACAAAAAAUGUCCUUCUACCUCAAUAGCCUACCCAAACGCCAAACUACAAAUUAGUGGCUGUGAGUACAAAAAGUCUCGAAAAUGUUGAUGCUUUUUCUCAGAAGAACCAAUUUUUUGCACAGCAAGGCGGAAAUUUGAAUCACAUAAACAUACUUAAAUUACAGAACUACGCCAUGCAUGGUCACACAAACAACUGAAUAAAUCUGCAUGCGGAAUGAGGCCUGCAAAAACCCCUUUCAGACACUGCUCGGGUCAAUUAUCUCCUAGGAAUUAAUAUAAUACCCCACAUGGCGACCGGCAGACCACUCUGGUUGACCAGCCAAAGGUGUUUUUGUUUGGCGUCCUACCUGAGGUGGUCGUUGGAAUAUAAAUUGUAAGAUAAAACUUCAAGAGGUUUGACACCGAUAUCAGAACUUUGUUAUGAUUAGCGAAUGCAAUCGUGAGCAUUCCAUUUUCUGUGCACAAGAUGGAUUUCACAUCCGUCAAAUUGAUGUUUAUCCCCUCUGGCGACGGUAGAACCUUUGAGUUGACCUUCGACUUCCAAUGUACUCAUCCGGUAGCUAAAAGAGACCUUUUCCAUAUUUAAUCGGAUGUUUCAACAGUCAAAAUAAGACGUUCCACGUAAGCCCUUGGCUGUGUAGUGGGUCCUCAGAAGUUGUUAAAUCGUUUCGAAAGCGCAUUGCCAGAGAAAAUGGACAUCCACAAUCUCAAUUCCUUCGAUUAGUAUAUUUAUCAGAUGCAGACGUCCCGACAUAAGUGUACUCUUUAAAAGCAGUUUUGGUGGCAUUUUCUAAGUGGCCCAUUAUCCACGCGCUUCAUCUUUUUUUCCAAAGAACUGGCACAUUUUCUCCAACAAGUAAAGAAGUCCUUCGUUUAAUUGCUUUGGGACCGUUUCCUUGCGUAAUUCUGGGAUCCAGUCCCUAUUACGGAUUCGGUGAAAAGUUGCGCCGUACAUAUUUAAUUGGCGUCUUCUCCGUCUAGAAAUUGCCUACUAGUUGAAAGUAUAAAAGAAAAGCGUAUUGCCGUUUGUGUUGACGUUAAAUUGACAAAGGCAUGCUCGGACAUUACGUAGUCACUUCCGAAAUAUUCGUUGGCCCUUGGAAGUUACUGUCGUAGUUCGACAAGAGAUUUCUUGCUAGCACUAUUAUUGUGCCGAAUUGCGCAGAUUUACAAAGCAGAAUUUCUAAAUCCAAAAGUGCGUUUGCUGUCCCAGAGACAGCAUGACUGUUCCCAUCCUACACACCUAAAAAUCGAUUUCCAAUUUCCCAAAGGCCGUUUCAGCACACUCUUUAUCGCCUAAAUUUGUCUCCUCUCCCAGAGAAGCCUGUGCAGGGACAUAAAUGUGGUUUGCCAUAGUCGUUAAUGUAGAAAAUCGCCUGGACACUAAGAGAUAUCGAUUUUCUCACAAUAUCCUAUUUUUCUUCAAUUUAAGAACGUAUCAUAUGAAGAGGAAUGUUAUUAACGUAACUUCUAGACCCGCUGAAUAGAACUCACAAUACACACGAGCCAUCAUGAUUCCCAGUAUCAUGCUUCGAUCCGAGCUGCUUUUACAGUGGCCUGGUGUGGACCAGAUCGUAUGUGGCACGUGUACAAAAGCUGUUUCGUCUUGUCAGCCACUGUGCUCAAGUCCUCCUUCUGCCAUCUUGAUACUGUUUUGCCAUUAGAGCAAGGUGGUUGAGGUGGGCAGGUGAGGGUGAGAUAGAUGUAGCGCAAGUCCACUCAGCAGUAAAUUAAUUCACUCGUAAACCCAUUCCGUGGGUCACGCUGUAGAUGUCGUUGCGUGCGACGGUCGGACGAGGGUGAAGAUACUGAAGCCGACACUGGGAAAUCCUUCUCCACAGCACACCAGCGUACUCCUCGCCACAAUAAGCAGAGUGGCAUUACCGACAAAGACAAAGGAGACUGGAAUGGCCAUUUCUGGCUUAUUAGCCGUCGUCAGCCAGUCAUACCCAACACCGAAAUGUGGAACACCCGUGGUCCGAACUCGCGACCUGUUAGAAGUCCAACGCCUCUAACCACUGGGUCACGGGCCCGUUUUCCUGUCGGUUGCGAUCCGGUCUGUGGUUUGUAGUUUCUCACUUACAGUAUUGGCACAUUUAAACUCACCUACAGCCCCUAGAAAGUAAUUUUUUCACCCUAUUUGACAGACCACACGCUCCUGUUAUACCCUGAGUGUCUCCUACAGUAAACCAACAGCAGCAGUGCCGUACUACAGACUGCCUUACGCUAAAUUCCAGGUCGAGUUUGGGUUAUGCGGGUUUCCGUUAGAGUUGGGAUUGGAGUUAGGGUUAAAGUCAGGGCACGGGAUUGGAUACCUUUGCGGAAAGUUUGCGCAAGACCACCCGUCGUGCGGUGAUGAUCCAUAGUCCCAUGUCCACUCAAAGGGUCGAGUGACGAUAGUUGUUUGACUGCCACCUGAUCUAGGGAGAGAGACUGUUCACUGUCCUGUAUUCGGCAGAAAAAUGCAUGGAUGUUUGUGCAUGCCCGUUCCAAAGGAAUUAAGGAAUUCAUAUUGACCUAACUGUGAAAAACUCGGCGCCUCGGUGGGAUUCGAACCCACUCAGCAAGGGGAAGGCUUUAGCACAGCCAACGCUAUAACCACUUGAGCUACGGCGCCUCGCUGGGCGACGCGAGUUUAAUCACAUUUGGGUCAAGUUGCCCGCCCAACCUACUGCAACGUCUGGAAUCCACCAAAUCUGAUACAGUAAGUUGACUGCCCAGGCAGGAUUUCAUCUAGAAUCCACAGGUGACGCAUCUAACCUCGGUGUUUAGCCCCCCCCCCCCACCUGUUCAAAGUAUCUUUCUCCCUGACCUUGUUUCUGGGCUGAUCGCAGCCAGAGUAGAUUCUAGUCUGGCCGGCCGUGAUUUGGGACUCUCUGUAAGCAGAAAAUAAAGUGAGCAGUUAUCAUGUACUCGUGAAGCUGGGCAGCACCCCUAGACAUUCUGAUUGGGGGAUUAAGAAAGGAGAGGGUUUACGUUGAAUUCCCUUCUUUCCAACUACACUUCGGGGUAUUGUCACGGCACUACAUCACAAGCAUGCGCAUUCGUUUCUCAAACAAGGAAAAAGGAAUGCUGGAAAAAGUAAUAAGUAGCUCUAAUUUCGGGGACCGACAUAUCCUCCUAAUGUUGUACAGCGUUCUGCAAAUUGAUGGAGGUCUGAGCGCAAGCACUGUCAGUCGAACAUACCUGCUAUACGCCCUUGUACGUAGUUUUAAUUUCACACUUUCCGCUGAACUGGGUCACUAGCAUGAGAGGUUUUAAACAAUAGAUUUAGAGGAUAGAGCCUGCUGCACUCACUAACACAGGCUGGGGGCAUUCUUCAAGUAUGUCCUCCUGCAUUGCUGCUAAGGUCACAGACUUGGUCGAUGAGUGCUGAUUCUUCGCUGGGUACCUUUGUCCCCCUGACUCAUUGACCCCCCCCCUGGUCUGAAGCACGUAAAGGCGUCCUUGAGCUCUCUGCUGCUGCUGUCGCCUAUGCCAAGUCACGCAUAUACCUCUCGCCACGCCUGCACGGGUGCGUGUUGAGAGAUCUUUGCGGUACGAGCAAACACGCAUGAAACGCUGGUGACGGUUUUUGCUUACACCUCUAACUGAAAAAGUUCUCAUGAAUGCGUUUGAGAAACCGUCUAUCGAAGAACGUAAUUUCAAGUCAGCUCCUGCACUGUAAUGGGGUGUCGUUUAACCGAGUAUCUUUCUAGCCACUUGUGAAAACACGAGGGAAAAUACUACUUAAGAAAUGUGCAUUUGCCAUUAAUGUUUAUGCAGGUAAACAAUCUUUAGGGAGAAUGUGCAGUGGAUAUACUCAUCGACCUUGUUUUAUAGGGAAUUGCGACUCCAUCAAAGUGACUACCUGAAGGGAGGGAACAUUUCGAUUUAUGGAAUUUGAUUCAUACCGGUAUAUUUUGAAACGCAGCCUGUAUUUUCAUCUGUUCCUAGGGUUUUUAAACUACCUGUUGUCUGCCUUUAAUGAGACGAAUUCACAUACAUGUCUCUGUAAAGUGAUCGUUUCGCACUCCUGUGGUAUUGCAAUACAGGUGCAUUUAUACAGAUCCCAACAGUGGACGGAAAAUUUACGCCAUGCAAGUGGCUAUCAUUUUUUCGUGCAUGGUUUACGCAGACGUCCUGCAUGCUAGCGCACAGGUACUAACAUGAGGUUUAUUUCCUCAACUUCCCUUAUCAGUUUUGAAGCCUAGCCUAAGAUAACAUAAGCCUUUAAAAGCCCAUCGAAAAGCCCUCAAUCAGUGUUUCAUAAAUUCCGGCCCGUACUCUAGGCUCCUUAAACAGUCCUUAGAGCAUAGCUCUGGUCUGGUGGUAAAAGCUUCCUCAAUACUCACCCUACAUGCUGGCGUUAUGUUGUUAUUUAAAAUUGCCUCGUGGAUCGGCCUGAGGGUACACAUCGAAGGAGAGAAGUCAGAACACCAUGAAGGGGAGUUUAGUACACCGAGCUCGUUGUCCGACCUCGGAGAGAUGUGGCAAACAACUGAAUGACCAGCCUGUGAAGGUUUCCGUUGAAUGCUUCGAAAGAUUGGUUAGCCAACACGUGUAGGUUUUCAGCAAGCUCUCAUCGGGUCUGUACAUUUACAUAAGACGUUGGCGACGGGCUGCGUAAUUGGAUUACCUGGUGGCAGUUGGUCAGGCUUCACGAGUUCACAUAGGGUGUGCAAAAUAAAGGUGCGGGGCGGUGGAGAGAGAGAGAUAAUCCCGAGUUUUGGUUUAAAUGUCCGAGAGCGUCCAGUUGGAAGCGCCCUCUAUUCCUGCUAGUCGUUACCUUGACCAUUAUAGUGGCAGCGCGUGCGGUCCAUGUGCCGAAAUCUAAUUUCAUAAGGGCGGGUGGGAGGGCUUACACGUCUUUCGGUAGUUUUAUUACUCGACUAAAGACUUCCCAGACAACUAAUACAUUUGGUUUCCUACCAUUAACCAACCGGCGUUUCUUGAAGUCUGCUUACCAAACAUCGAGUAGGUCCCCCCUUUCCCUUACAUACGAGCCUUUUUCUCUUUCUUGACCUGGUGCAUGUACUCCGAGCACCUGGAAAAAAGCAUUCUCAGGCGCCCUCCUUCAUAGUGAGAGCAGAUAACGCCUGAAAGAACCAUAAAACGCCUAUGGGGUGCAUUUGACCAUGUCAAGAAUGCUGGAUAGCACAGGAUGAUAACACGGUGCCACCCCGCGUUUCACAGUACAACUGUCUGUGCGGUUGCAGGAGAGAAGCCUAUGCGACGGCUGAUUAUGUAUUAAGAGCUGGAACUCCAUCGAGGUAUCCGUCGUUGAGAAGUGUUGAGACGCAUGGGGCCUAGUGCACCGGCUCUACCAUGUUGCUAUGGCAAAUGUCGUGUUGGGGCAGUUUGGAAGGCAGCCACAUUCGCUUGGGAGUGGGCGGUUGCCGAGCCUCUGCUGUUCUACGUAAGGGUUGCCAAAAUUAGGUCACUUGACUUGAAAUUGGUGAUCGUCUUCUCAGAUGUUGAUAUCAGUGAAAGUCUCCCGCCGCCCUGUUCCCUCCGUCUCCGUGUAUUUUAUCACUGUCGGGAGGAAAACCAUACCUACGGGGGAUUUGACUGCCAAGUAGGUAAUGGACGACAGAGGCAAGUCCAGAUUUUGGGCUGUAGCAGUCAACGAAGUAAGCAACUAGAUGCGUCGUUCCCGGUAUCGCGACCGCUACCUAAGGCGCUUCGUCCACAUUAAACCCGUAGACGUGCCGUAUGUGCGUGUGUGUAGACCGGUCCGCUAGCUCGCUUGCUUUCAUUGUUAGCCUCAUCCUCCCUUUGGGACAACGACGGAUACCACCCUGAAUCAUCGUGCGCCUUGGCUGGGUUGUGGUGAUUAUGAGUCUGGCCUGCCCGUUCACGUAGAACCUCUCCGAAAUGCCUCUUAUUCGGAGAACGCAGACCUUAAGUGCUGUCGCAGGCCUCAUCAUCUUGUCACUGCUUUGCCAGUCGUCGGAGACCUUUUACUGGGUGUAUUUUAAUCUCUACUUCAUGUUUCGGGCCGUGCUUUCGGUAGAACACUGUGACUUGCAACUGUGUCGUUCGCAACUGCAAAAAUACCCUUUUAGAAUUCGACCGAUCCCGUACUUUUAGGUUUCACCAACUCAGGAGGUCUUGCUUUCACCGGUUGACUAACAUGAGCCGGUUGCUCAAAGAACGAUCUGGGGCCACGCACUUUGUGCUGCUAGGUCACGCCGUGCCGUGAUUCAGUUGCUCCUGAUGUCCAUUCUUCGCUCCUGAGCUCAUAACGGCAUACUUAGCCGGUACUUUUUCUUGUACAGUACUAGAAACCCACGUCUUUUUUGUCGUCAGCCUGUGACUGCACUCUUCGCAUAGUCUGCCGUCAUUUUUACUGUCAGCAGUAAGACAUUACACUAGCCUUGUGUCAGAAGACAGACGGAGGGUUGCAUGUGUAAGGUCCACCGUAUCACAGGUCUCUUAUUCUGGCGAUUUGUGACAGAAGAUGCCUCAUUAGGCGGUGCUUGUUGAUCCAACUGUCCGAGAAAAGUACUUACGUUACGAAGUGUCUGGUGAACGGGACUAUCACAGGGUGUUUGUCCUUCAGUGUCGUCAUGGCCAAGGAGCUUUAUAACUGCUUUCAUGAUGAUGAUGAUGAUGAUGAUGAUGAUGAUGAUGAUGAUGAUGAUGAUGAUGAUGAUGAUGAUGAUGAUGAUGAAAAGUGAACAUAUCUCGUUAUUGAUAGCUGACGGUUUCAGAAGAUAGUCGGAUUCCAAUGCCAUAGAGAAAAGUUUCUGAUAAAUGGCCAUAGUGAAACCCACAUCGACGCCGCUUACAGCGUUUUUGCCAGCCUUCGAAGAUUUACCUGAAGCUCUCGAGGUAUUUGACAUGACAAGGGGAUCUGUGGGUACCGGACGCCAGUGCUCCUCUACAUUAUGCAUGCUGGUCCCUGAGGAAACUGUACACUCGUGACCAGCAUAGUUUGAGAACUAUCCCUGGAAGGAAGUAUACAGACUUCUUCUAAACAGGGCAGUCCGUAUUCAUCAUGACAACCUUACUGUACGUGAAAGACGGCUGAAGUGGUUUGGACGCAUUGUUAAUCGUGCACAUCAUCACGCCGGUCCGUUUUUCUUUUUAACUAUCAAGUGUGAAAGCACGGCAGUCACCUUGUGACGGUUAAGUUGCUUUCCGGCACAAACGUUUCAGAGAAUUUUUUGGCUUUCCAUUGUCGAGGCGUUAAAUUCACAAAGUCUAACAGAAAUUCGAAUGAUUAGCCACGCUGGUCGGUUCAGAGCCGUUUGAUUUUUCUCUUCCUUCGCUGCCGCGAUCUUUUGGCUGACUUUUGGCAGAGUCGAUGAGUGCCUACGUUAGGAGUCAUCACCCCGGUAAAGGUUGGUUGGCCGUCCCAUGAGGUAGUUUGGUCUGAUGGCUUCUCAGCUUCCCCGUUGAGUGAGCUCUUCGGAGGGCAGUGUCUUGUCGAUUUUUUAAAGAUCUGUGCAACCGCCUUGUCUUGGUCUUUAUUUAGGUAGUACCACAGGGCCUUGUAGGCCGGGGAAAGGUCAGUGCACCUGUCGUUGGAGUCAGCAUAUUCACCGACACCUCACAGCCGAGGCUAAAAGACUCAUGGAAUGACGCUCUUUAAGUACUUCUUAGUUAAUAGCCUUCAUUGGUAGACGUUCUGUUUUUAAAAGGCUUAGCUAGGACAAAAGGGAGAGCCUCCGUAAAGGCCACGUUAAGAGGUACCCCUCGCAGAAUUCAGCUACUUUCAAUGAUGACCGAGUCGGCUCAUCAAUUGGCAAUCAUUCAAACCACGACUGUUGGUUCGUCUCGGUUAGUUCUUGUGCGUCAACUUUAUCACAUGCGGACAGCUGUCUCGGCUGUUGUCUAUGUGGAAGGAUACCUAAGAAUCUGCCUACAACACCUUCCCUCCCACCAUGCACCGGUGAUAUGCCUAUGAAAUUGGCGGGCAAUGACUCCGACGCGCUGUGGGCCUCAACUUAACGCAUUCCACUCACACAUGUACCAGUAGCUCCUGAACUGCGCCGACACGUGGAAGUUCACUCGCAGCGUCUCCUUGGAAAGGGACUUUGAGGAACAACGUUUUCUUUUCGGUGGUCAGUGUGGUGGGUUUUGCGGGUCUUUCUUCGCGAAAACGGGUAUCCUGACAGGUUCAUUGCAAAGAACCUUAGCAAACGACCCGCAGAACCCACCACACUGACUGCCGAAAAGAAAACUUUGUUCCUCAAAGUUACUUUCCAAGGAGAUGCUGCGAGUGAAAUUCUAAGAAGACGCCUUGAUCAAGCCGUCUCGAGAACCUUCCCAGCAGCAAGGGUUCACAUAUCAUUCUCUACUAACCCUAUUUUACGCGGAGAAGGCAAGGAUGGACUGCCAUCUCAGACCACCUCAAUGUCCAUCUACUCAUUCACUUGUUCCUGUGGAGCAGGUUAUAUUGGUUUUACGAGUCGGCGACUUUCCAAUAGAAUACGAGAGCACCUUCCCGCAUGGCUGGCAAAAGGUGAAAGUAGGAGAAUAGACAGCGCCAUCCUUGCGCAUGCAGUGUAUUCAGGGCAUCGUGUGGACCCCUCGGAAGCAUCUCGUGUGAUUUACAAGGUCCCUUCGAGCUACCCUAAGCUACUAGGCCAGCGCCUAUUAGCAACAGCAGAAGCGGCCGCCAUCAGGUUACGAAAUCCGACCCUAUGCGCUCAGGAGAACCUCGUUUAGGCUCCGCGCUUACCGUGGUCAAAGGUUGACUAACCACAUACAACAUUCUGCGCCCUUCCGCUCUUGCCCAGCUUGUAUUUUAAAACUUAACUUUCGUCGAUUGUUUCUCUCACCGUACCCCGUCCCAUAUAACUCUACUGGCCUGACGAGAACUUAUCGAAAGCAACGUUCGUUCGCCACCUUUUCUUCUGAAUAUAGCUAUGGGGAUUUUCACAACCCUUUCAGAUUUGUUUGUAUGUAUUACGUGCUGGUGUGAAUUAGAUUCCAGCUCCGUAUUUGCUACUCAAGACAUGCCUUUGACUUACAACAAUCUUUAAAAUUCUCUCUGUUCUCGUCUGCCUUAUGUAACCGGAACAAAAUAAGCAAUCACCUAUGCGAUCGCGCGGCCCCUCCGCAUAUCUGACUGAAGUGUGUCUUUCAUUUGACAAAUGGAAGGUACCAUACUCUAGUUAAAGAGACCAUCCGGCAAUUCACCUUGGUCAGCAGACUUCAUUUACUCGCGUAGCUUCAUACCCCUGACCACCAGACGUCUGAAAUUCCAUCAAUGAGUCUUCUGGCCAUCACUUUCCAGUUUCCAUCUACUUCGUCACUUCUCGGAAAAUCAUUUUAAUCCGUACAACUUGGCGCCUGUGCUGUUUUCCUGCUUAGAGGAACCUGAGCAGAGACCACAACUUAGCCCUAAAUUAUGUUCCCCUGAUAUUUAUCUCAUCAUGGGAGCGCAACCUAGCAUCUGUCCACAUUAAGUUACGUCGUAGAGACGAGGAGUGUUUAUUAGGCCUAUGCGCUAGCGGACCUAUCUCAUGAAAGGUGAUUUCGGUUGGAAACUAUUACAUAGGUGAGGUUUUAAUAUUGAUUAUUGUUCAAGAGAAUCGGUAGAUAUUUCGCACACGUUAAAAUGCCGGCUCUUCAAUGAGCUCCUCUCCGGUCGACUUCAAAAAUGACACUCUGUCCUCACUCUGUCUUGUCAUUAGAAUUCCGGCCAAUUAAACAUCCAACAGAUGGGCUGUUUCGUGGGCUGCGUUUCUGAAAUAUGUUUUCGAUUCGAAAAAAUUACGUGAGUAGGGCCGUGAUAUUGAUUGUCGUGCGGCAUAAUCUGAAGAUGUCUCAGUGACGUCGGGACGCCGGUUUUUAAACGACCUUCUUCCCGACCGCUAGCAAAAACUACACUCGGCAAAAGUAACCACUUCAGUGGUAUGAAUCCUCACAUUGAUUUACGAUGCCCCUAUUUAUCCAAGCAUAUUUUAUAGAAGACACAGAGAAACGUAUUUUUGUCUUACUGAUUUGAUGGAAAAUCACGUUAUAUUGAAAUUCUGUAUCUAGGAAAAGGGUAUCAUUCAGUUCAGAAGUAGUUUGUGAGUAUGGGAUUUUUUAAGAUUGCUAGAUGCCCAUUCGUAUACCGUCGCGUCUCCCGCCACUCAUGAAUUAAACAACAUGGUCCGCAUCCAUUGUAAAAUUUCAUGAGUCUUGCAUUAUUUCUUCCUAAUAGCGUAGAUAAAUGUAUGACUUUACUUACACGGAAAGUAUACUGCAUGUAGUCUGGGAACCCUAAGCGAAAGUGCAACUGUAGGUUGGGUUCAAAAUUAUUCGGAAAUCGGAAGUUCUUAAAACCGAAAGGUGCGUAUUCUUAAGUACACAACCUGAAGAAGAUGUAGUUUUCCACCAAAUGAGUGCAGGGAGGAACAUUUUUAUCUACGUUCUCCACCAAAGUAGUCAUUUUUCUACCCAGUUGAGUUUUUGCGCACGACCGGAAAGAAGCCAGCAUCCUGGCUUGACUGGCAUUUGGGUGAUACUGCACCGAAAUCAACAUUACAACCGCGUCUAAAUAAUCCGUCGUAAUCAAGAACGUAUUUCAGAAUUUUAGAUAACAUUUCAUGAGAUAGGCCAGCUACUGUAUAUCCAGUUAAACCGAUGUGGGGAAGUACUGCUCCUUUUUCGCACGUUCCCCUUCUCACCCUAAACAGGUUUUUGCGCCAGGUACCGUGAGAAAUAAGCGUUAACUCACCUGGCCUGGUUGUAGGCCGCUGUGCUAAUGUUGUAUUCUGCUUCUGAAUUAUUUGUCGGCGUCAGCAAUAAAUAAAUCAUUUGUAGCUUUUACAAUUUCCUCUCUUUAUCGAUAAUAAUUCGCUGCUGUUUACCGGUCCUUGGUAUGCGGCUGCCUGUGAACGUUCCAGACCAUCGUCCUUCGUAUUCCGUCUUAAUCAAAACAGGUAGGUUAGCGCCACUCCCGGUGUUUUUUCGAGUACCAUCGUCCACAGUCGACAGGUUGUAAGGAUUUCGUGCAGCUGACAACCGUACUCGACUCACGCCUCGUGUACUCUCCGCCCGGGUAUGUUUGGCUGACGACGACAGAUAAGCCCGAAUUGACCAUCGCAGUACCUUUCGGUAAAAGGGUUUCUCUAUCAAUAUCUCCCACUUAAUGGGACAAAUGUUUCCCCCAAAAUGCGGUGUCUUGUCUUCUGCUGACUUUGUCUACCAGAGUUUAAUUACUGUAGUUGAAAAAAGCCAGUCUUUCACCUCCACCUCCUCCCCCCACUUUUCAGCAAAGCUGGAAUCUCGGAUCAGUUUGAGGGGCAUCGCGCACCCAUCACCUCUGUCUGCAUUCCCUGCGUCGAGGGCACUGCCGACUCUCCGCCCCUCUUCCUCACCACCUCCAUGGACUGCAGUGUGAAGCUCUGGUCAAAAAAGCACACCUUCCCCAUCUUCUCCUUCGACGACCGCAUCAACUACUUCCUGGACUGUGACUGGUCUCCUGUGCACCCGGCUCUCUUUGCCACCGUGGACCUCAGCGGGCAACUUGAUGUCUGGAAUCUUAACCAGGAUCAUGAGGUAGGCCUGGACUGGCUGGCUGAGUGACUCAGAUUAGCACUCACCUCCUUCCUUCUGUCCCACUGGGUACCUGGCCAACCAUGCUUAAUUUCGCCCACGAUUACUGGUCGCAAGUAUGACCGUCAGUUCCGCAUUCAAGUCAAUGCUCUGAUUGCAUCUACUGUAGCGACAGCGCGUCUACAUUGUGGUCUAAACAACUAUACAGAGAUGAGAUCCUUGUGCACUCAGGUUUCCUGGUGUGUCGAUUUGUUUGUUUUCCUCAGUGUAAUAGGGGGCAUUUGCUCCGAUGAAAUCGCGGUCCCUCAAAAAAACUACCUGGACAGAGAUUGGUCAUUCCAUUCUGACCUGGCUUGACAUCUGUGGCUUCUCGAAGUUGUACUGGACGCAAAAUCCAUACCCUGGUUACUACGUGGACUUACGGAAAUACCAGAUGAGGGUAGCUUCUGCGUCGCUGCAAUGCUGAAUGACUUGUGUGUGAACAGUGAUCCUGACAGUAGGGGGAGGGGGGGGGGUGGGAAACCAGUCAUGAUGUGACAUCCGGGAUACGAAACCUUUAUGACAGGGUUGGCAGCCGCCUCCCGGCCCACCCCCAACUGCCUUAGCUUUGAGAAAGAGGUCGAUGCCGCGCACUUCAUCACUGCCGCUCCAAGUUAGCAGUCAUAUUCGAUCGACGAACUAUUAUAAUACUAGUACAUGCAUAUUGAUCCAACUGUGGAAAACUCGGCGCCUCGGUGGGAUUCGAACCCACGCAGUACAGCCAACGCUCUAACCACUUGACCUACGAGGUUGGGUCAGUAUGAGUUAUUCAAAAUCUGCCAAAAACAUCUAUGAAUUACGUGAUCCUGGCAGUCAUCUGGUGGAUUCUAUAUGAAUUACUUAGGAAAUCCUGCCAGGACAGUCAACUUACUGUAUCUGAUUUGGUGGAUUCCAGACGUUGCAGUAGGUUGGACGGGUAACAUGACCCAAAUCUGAUUAAACUCGCCUCGCGUAGCUCCAGUGGUUAGAGCGUUGGCUGUACUAAAGCCGUCCCCUUACUGCGUGGGUUUGAAUCCCACCGAGGUGCCGAGUUUUUCACAGUCGGGUCAAUAUGAAAACAACCCAAGCCGACACAGAGCGAAGUCUAAGGAUGUGGGGUUCUGAUCGAGUACUUAAGGGGGGACUUCGCGUUAAGGAGAUUCCGCACUUUGUGUUCGUGUGGCAGGCUUUGUACCCCGUUAGCCGCUGAAUCAAAUUCCGUCAUCGGUGUCCUCGCCUGGGGUGACAGUUGGUAUAAGAAAAGGAAAAGAGAGUGAAGUGGUUCCGGCUGAGAUCUAGUGUCCAGUUUCCUUGGAGUAGACGACCAAACAAGCCUUAACCCACCGCCGCACUGGCUUGGAAGGCUGCGGUAGGUUGGCCGGGUAACUUGGCCCAAAUGUGACUAAACUCGCGUCGUCCGGCGGGGCUUUGUAACUCAGGUGGCUAGAGCGUUGGCUGUACUUAAGCCUUCCCCUUUCUGCGUGGGUUCGAAUGCCACCGAGGCGUCGAGUUUUUCACAGUUGGGUCAAUAUGAAUUAUUCAAAAUCUGCCAAAAAAUUUAUGAAUACUAAUACAGUCUUCCCCUACUACAAAAGAUGACCAUUUGAUGGUUGCCGAGGUUUCACCCCGGGGGCGGGGGUUCCUCCUCCUACAUGACAGGUGUGCCGUUGACCUCCAUGGGGGGUACCGGUCGCUUGCGCAUAUACUGGGGAUGUGGUGGAGUCUCACCCACUUUUUCAACUGUCCCAGUUUCUGUCAAGUAGGGAUGACAGUCGAAGAUGGGAUUGGGUGCGCUGGCAUACGUUCCCGCCCUUGUGCGUAUUGACUCCGCGCACCGUUUUGUUGGACGCUGGCCGCGCUAUUGGUCUUAGUGGCUGACAAUAUAUUUUUUCAAGCGCUCACGUCUGCUACGUGCAUCGGCUGCCUAGGCCGAUCUAACUGGAUUUGCCCGUGGCAGUUUGUUUUACUUCUAAUUCACGCUCUUUUUGAGGCCUGAGUCCACAGCGCCCAUUAAUUUUUUUACGUCCACGCUCGUUUGCGCCGCAUCAUCUUGCCCUUCUUGCCUACACAGGUUCCAACAGCAUCAUCGGUUAUAGAGGGUGAAGUGGCGUUGAAUCAUUGCAGAUUUGAUAAGAAGGGCUCUCACAUUGCGGUUGGAGAUGACGUUGGGAAGGUGUACGUGUUUGAUCUGCACGAGGUAAGUCUGCUCUGCUUAAGAAACGCCCGUUUACCCACCCCUCCGCCCCCCCCCCCCCUUUCUUACUGACUUCUUAGCCUGCUUUCAGCUUCCGGUGGUCCUCACGGUGUUUCAAUGUUACUGUCUUGAUUCCUUCUCAUCGAUAAACAUUAGAAUUCAAAGUAUUUGCGAAACCUCUUGGAGCCCUCGUCUUGGCUACCAGUUAGGUUGCAAGUCGUUGCCUGUUUUCGACGGCUUAAAGACCAGGCUCCAUUCACUUAAUGCGACCCUGCCAUACCGCCGGGCUCGACGACGCUGAGAUUCUCACCGAGGUUGUAGGCACCCCAGGCGCCCAUAGGCCUUCCAUCACUGACACGUACGCCGCCGCGACAGGACUCACGUGACUGCCGCUUUCGUGUGGAUGUGCAGUUUCAUCUCCGAGGGCAGCCAACCACUGGUUUUCACAAAUUCUAAGAUUGUGUAAUAAACUCACCAAGUCAGCACUCACUGACUCCCCGGAGACACACAUUAAUUCCUGUCGACUAGAGGCGGCUGUUCGUCGAGGACCUUACCACCGUUCGGCUUCUAUGCAAAUGAGACACCCCAUACUGGUUCCUUCAUCUUCCUCACCUUUAUAGGACUGGUCUGUGGAGCUGUGGUGAUCUUGGUGCACCCACUAUCUUAGCCGCAACAAGGUAGCAGUUGCGUGAGUCGCGAGCUGCUGGAACCAUGCUUCACCAGAUCGCAGUCCAUGGAUCAGCGCAAUGACCUCCCUCCGCCCUAUUCAGUACGAAGACUGCCUCGGCAGGGUAAUUAAUCAGGCGGGGAGGGUGGGGAGCCUAGUGACCAAGUGAUUAUCAGGCCAGUCACCAAUGGUGGUAAUGAGCUUCCGCCUCCGGGGACUGGAAUAUGAACGACGACCAAGUGUGAUGAAUGCAAGCAUUGCCCAUUUUAGUGGGUGCGGAUGCGUAGCGAUUGCACCCCGUGGACGCUACACCCCCUAUGUGCCCGCCACCCUUGUAUUUUGAUUUUUCCGAGGGCGUCUUCGAGAGUACAUUCGACAUACCAAACCUAUGGAAUUUUCAUUAUCCUUGGGAGGGCUUCAUUGGUCGGGCUACAGGGCAUGCACGUCGCGUUGCGCCCGGGGGCUGUGAUCCAGAGCCCUCCUAGACACUCGUAUAGCGGAAUGUAGCAUAUACAGAAGGGGCGAGAAACGACAAUGACAAGAGAAACUGAAAUGGCCAUUUCAGGCUAAUUAGCCAUCGUCAGCCAGCCGGUCCCGGUCUCAGGUUUGCAGGACCUGCAGGAUUUGAACUGGCGACUUUUUGUCAUUGAACCUUUCAAGUCCAACGCUCUUCCACUGCGCCACCGGCCCGUUGUCCUGUAGAUUUUGAUUUGAAACAUUAAAUACGGUGAGCGUUCACUGCUUGGAUUACGGGACAUGUUCGUUCCUUCCACCUUGGUGCUCCAUCCAGAACCCUCACAGGCAGUCGUUUACCGGCAGUACAGUACGUGGGCUAGCUCAUGAAAUAUCAACCGAAAUUCCGAAAUGCGUUUUCGUCUCGAAACGAUUAAUUAAGUAGGGUUGUGAAACUAAUCGUUAUGCAGCAUAGUUCUAUAAUAAUUCAGUUAUCUCAGGAUGCCGGCUUUCGAACGAACGUCCUUCCAGCUGCAUGCAGAAACCGUACUCUGUAGAAUAAUGGCUACUUAAGUAGCAUGCACCUUUCUCAUAGAUUUCCGUUGCCCUUAAAUAUUCAACUUUAUUUCAUGAAAAACAUGCAUAAAAAUAUUCUUUUGCUAAAUCGGUAGAGAAUUACCUCUUCUUCCAAUUUUAUGCUCAAAGGAAGGGUAUAAUUCGUUUUUUAAAAACAUUUCCAAUUCCUGAAUAAUCUCAAAACCCGACCUGCCGUUACACGUGCAUUCAGAGUUUCCAAACUACAAGCCGUACAUUUUCCGCGUACGGAAAACCGUACAUUUCUCUACGGUAUUACGAGGAAAACAUAUGGGGUUCGUAGAAUUUAGCAGGGAAUUUGAGCUAUAUUGUUAACUUUGCAAACUACAUUGGUAAAUACAGAGACAUAAUGUUUUAUCAACCGCCAUUUCGCGACAUUAAAGAACCUCACGGAAACAUUUUGAAAACCGAAUUAUACCCUUCCUUCGAGUAUAAAAUUGAAAGAAGGCGUAAUUGUCUACCGAAUGAGUGGCAGAAUGAAUAAUGCAUGUUUUCCAUGCAAUAUAAUUGAAUUUUUAAUGACAUCGAAAAUCAAUGAGAAAAAUGCGUGCUGCUUAGGUCGUCAUUUUUGCAGAGUAUAGUUUUUGCAUGCAGUACGAAAGAACUUCGUUCAAAAGCCGGCACCCUGAGGUAACUGAAUUAUUAUAGAAUUAUGCUGCAUGAUGAUUAGUCUUACAACCCUACUUAAUUAAUCUUUUUGAAAAGAAAACGCAAUUCGGAAUUUCGGUUGACAUUUCAUGAGUCAGCCUACCUACUGUAAAUACCUUUGAACUGCGCUUACCGAAAGUGGUCUAGCAUUCCGAAGUCCUGAUCGAAUCUGGCUGUCGUGGGGCCAAGCCUCCCACUAACCGGUUUUCUGUCAUUUUAAGUAUAAUUACCUACUGCGCUCAAAUGUUCUAACACCCUUCUUGGUGGAAGAUAGUGGAGCUGGACACAGUUGCUGUUGUUAUGGGUGGUGAUUAUUAUAUUGGUAACGGGGUUGACGGUGAUUGUGCAGCCAUAGUCCUCAAUAGGCCACAUGGGGGCAUUUCACAGUAAAUGCUACGCAUGGGGAUGUGUGUGUGUGUGUGUUGGCGCACAUAAACGCAAACUGCGCGCCGUGUCAGCCACUGUCGCCCAAUCCCAACAUCGGAUAACUGACUGGCGCGGACUGGAGAGGUUAGAUUGAGGUCGACUCUGGUUAAUCCCAUCUCGCGACACUUCAGGGAAUUCCUCACUAUGAACAGUCUGAUGCGCUUUUAAACUCUCACGUUGUGCUAAAAGUGUCGUGACUUGGAAGGCAGCCAUCUGACCGGGUAAGUCAUUUCUCUCAGGACGGAGGCGUCUGGCACAAUGUUUCCUUCUGAAUGUGGCCUCUAUGGCAUUCCCACUCAGGUGGAAUCCGAGUUGCUCUCUAGUUGUUAUGGCAACCUGGUGCUUUGCGCACUGGCCAGUUCGUGUGUGGAAUACUCAGGCGGGCCACUGCGCCCGAUCCCGCCUCCGGUCAUCCUGACACUGUUUUGCCAUCUGGCUCCGAGGAGUGCGGCAGAUGCAGCGCAAGUCGCCGUUCUGCGUCCACCAUGCCUUGGUGAAGAUCGUCGCAUGUGAUGUCUGAACUGUCAGUUGUGGGGGCCGCACUUCUUCGCUUGAUUUCACUCUAGUCUAUUUGGCAUUCCUAUCUCUCCCAACUGCUCCUUUUGUACCGCACAGAAAUUGGCCACGCCCCGCCCUGACGAGUGGACCACACUCUCACGCCUGAUCUCCAAUUUGUCCGCGACAGCGUCGGAAUUGCGGGAUUUUGACAGCCACAACCACCGGUUCCCAACCUCCAGCUCGAUCGUCUCGUCGGCGGCUCGCCUGUGA